AUGGCGACCGAGAAGAAGGAAGCUGACAACGUCGCGAUCAGCGUCGACGUCCUCACCAAGUACAAGACUGCCGCCCAGAUCUCCGAGAAGGUCCUCGCCGAGGUGUCGAAGCUAUGCGUCCCCGGCGCUAAGAUCAUCGACAUCUGUGAGCAGGGCGACAAGCUCAUGGAGGAGGAGCUCUCCAAGGUCUACCGCGACAAGAAGACCAACAAGGGUUUCUCUCACCCCACCACUGUCUCCCCUGCCGCCUUCAUCACCCCCUAUACCCCUCUUCGGUCGGACGAGAAGGAGGCUGCCACCGAGAUCCAGCCCGGUGAGCCCAUCAAGAUCCAGCUGGGUGCCCAGAUCGACGGCUAUGGCACCAUUGUCUGCGACACGAUUGUUGCGAAGAACGCCAACGAUCCAGACGUCAUUGAGGGCCGGCAGGCGGACCUGUUCCUGGCCACCUACUACGCCAAUGAGGUCCUUCUCCGGUUGAUGGUCCCUCCAGGUCUCCUGGCUACUGGCACAGACGAAGAGAAGGCUAAGGCUGCUGCUGUUAAGCCGCCGUCGCAGGCCAAGAUUUCCAGCCUCCUGGAGAAGGUUGCUAAGGCCUACGACUGCAACAUCAUCGAGAGCACGACUUCUUGGCUCUUUGACAAAAACGAGAUCGAGGGCAAGAAGAAGAUUAUCUUGUCCCCUGGCGAGAAUAUCAAGGGUGAGGGCGUUCCUGAGGUUGGCGACGUCUGGGGCGUUGAGGUUGGCUGCAGUCUUGGGUCGGGCAAGGUCAAGCAGUUCGAGCAGCGCGCUACCCUUCACCGUCGUACCAACAACACAUAUGCCCUGAAGCGCCCGACUUCGCGCAAGAUCUACUCAGAGGUCCAGAAGAAGUUUGGCACCUUCCCCUUCAGCUUGAGGCAGCUGGAGGAUGAGCGCGAUGCCAAGUCUGGUGUCAUUGAGUGCGUGCGCGGCGGCGUCUUCAGGCAAUACGAGGUUACGGGCGACAAGGACAAUGCUCCUGUCUGCCGUCUCCUGACCACGAUUGCCAUCACCAAGAAUGGCAUCACCCGGAUUGGUGGCCCGCCGGCUUGGGAUCUCAGCAAGUUCAAGACGGACAAGAAGAUUGAGGACGAGGAGAUCCUCAAGAUUCUUGAGCAGCCCCUCUCGAAGAAUGCAGGCAAGAACAAGAACAAGAAGAAGAAGAAGAAGGCCAAGAAGGCGGCAGCCAAGCCGGACGAGGGUGAGGAGGAGAGCAGUGACGAGGAGUAA